AAUCGGGCAUUCUGGAGCUUAAACUUAAAGCGCUAAUUCUUGACAUUAUUCAUAAUAUUGAUGUGGUGAAGCAGUUAAACCAAGUUCAAGUUCAUACAACUGAAGACUGGGCUUGGAAAAAACAAGUUAGAUUCUAUAUGAAAAGUGAUCACACAUGUUAUAUUCAAAUGGUGGAUUCUGAACUUCAGUACACUUAUGAGUAUCAGGGUAAUGCUCCCAAGCUGGUUUAUACUCCAUUGACAGACAAGUGCUACCUAACUCUUACUCAAGCCAUCAAGAUGGGACUUGGAGGAAAUCCUUAUGGACCAGCUGGAACUGGAAAAACCGAAUCAGUAAAGGCUUUAGGUGGACUUCUUGGAAGACAAGUUUUAGUUUUUAAUUGUGAUGAGGGCAUCGAUGUGAAGUCAAUGGGGCGAAUAUUUGUUGGUUUGGUGAAGUGUGGAGCCUGGGGUUGUUUUGAUGAAUUCAACAGACUGGAAGAAUCUGUACUGUCAGCAGUAUCUAUGCAAAUUCAGACAAUUCAAGAUGCCUUGAAGAAUCAUAGAACUGUAUGUGAACUGCUUGGCAAAGAGGUAGAAAUAAAUUCUAAUUCUGGAAUUUUCAUCACUAUGAAUCCUGCUGGAAAAGGUUAUGGAGGAAGACAAAAACUACCUGAUAAUCUUAAACAGCUUUUCAGGCCAGUAGCUAUGUCUCGUCCAGACAAUGAGCUUAUUGCAGAAGUUAUUCUCUAUUCAGAAGGCUUUAAAGAUGCUGAAGUAUUGGGCAGAAAAUUAGUGUCUAUUUUUAAUCUAUCUAGGGAACUUUUGACACCUCAGCAACAUUAUGAUUGGGGUUUGCGAGCUUUGAAGACAGUUCUGAGAGGAAGCGGAAAUCUCCUUAGACAGCUGAAGAAAAAUGGCACUAAACAGAAUGCUAAUGAAAGUCAUAUUGUGGUACAAGCAUUGAGGCUUAAUACAAUGUCAAAGUUUACAUUUGCUGAUUGCACCCGGUUUGAUGCACUGAUUAAAGAUGUCUUUCCUGGAAUUGACUUUAAAGAAGUAGAAUAUGAUGAACUAAGUGCUGCAUUAAAGCAAGCCUUUGAAGAGGCCAAUUAUGAAAUUAUACCCAAUCAGAUCAAGAAGGCUUUAGAAUUGUAUGAACAAUUACGCCAGAGGAUGGGAGUUGUUAUUGUUGGUCCAAGUGGUGCUGGCAAAUCAACCCUUUGGAGAAUGUUAAGGGCGGCACUUUGUAAAAUUGGCAAAGUGGUAAAACAAUAUACUAUGAAUCCUAAAGCUAUGCCUAGACAUCAAUUAUUAGGCCAUAUUGACAUGGAUACAAGAGAAUGGUCUGAUGGAGUUUUGACAAAUAGUGCUCGCCAAGUGGUUCGGGAGCCUCAAGAUGUCAGCUCAUGGAUAAUCUGUGAUGGUGAUAUUGACCCUGAAUGGAUAGAAUCUCUGAAUUCAGUUCUGGAUGAUAAUCGACUACUCACCAUGCCAAGUGGAGAAAGGAUUCAGUUUGGUCCAAAUGUUAACUUUGUAUUUGAAACUCAUGAUUUAAGUUGUGCUUCACCAGCCACAAUAUCUAGAAUGGGAAUGAUCUUUCUUAGUGAUGAAGAAACAGAUCUUAAUUCUCUGAUAAAAUCCUGGUUAAGGAAUCAACCUGUUAAAUAUAGGAAUAAUCUUGGAAAUUGGAUUGGAGAUUAUUUUGAAAAAGCUUUACAAUGGGUUCUAAAGCAGAAUGACUAUGUGGUAGAAACAAGUUUGGUUGGGACUGUGAUGAAUGGUCUGUCACAUCUUCAUGGAUGCAAAGAUCAUGAUCAAUUUAUUAUUAAUCUCAUAAGGGGACUUGGUGGAAAUCUGAACAUGAAAUCACGUCUGGAAUUCACCAAAGAGGUUUUUAACUGGGCACGACAGUCUCCUCCAGACCCCCAUAAGCCAAUGGACACCUACUAUGACUCGAGUACAGGACGAUUAGCAUCUUAUGUGCUGAAGAAGCCAGAAAACUUGACUGCUGAUGAUUUCAAUAAUGGCCAAACUCUUCCAGUAAUUCAGACUCCUGAUAUGCAGCGGGGUCUAGAUUAUUUCAAACCUUGGUUAAGUUCUGAUACUAAACAACCGUUUAUUCUCAUAGGACCAGAAGGAUGUGGCAAAGGGAUGCUGCUCAGGUAUUCCUUUUCUCAACUCCGAUCCACUCAAAUUGCUACAGUUCAUUGUAGUGCACAAACUACUUCUCGACAUCUCCUGCAGAAAUUGAGCCAGACUUGCAUGGUAAUCAGUACUAAUACUGGUCGAGUUUAUAGACCCAAAGACUGUGAACGACUUGUUUUGUACUUAAAAGAUAUCAACCUACCCAAGCUGGAUAAAUGGGGGACCAGUACUUUGGUAGCCUUCCUACAACAGGUAUUGACAUAUCAAGGAUUUUAUGAUGAAAAUUUGGAAUGGGUUGGUCUAGAAAAUAUUCAAAUUGUGGCUUCUAUGUCAGCUGGAGGAAGACUGGGAAGACAUAAGCUUACUACCAGAUUUACUUCUAUUGUUCGUCUUUGUGCUGUAGAUUACCCUGAAAGAGAACAAUUACAAACAAUUUAUGGAGCAUAUUUAGAACCAGUUCUACAUAAAAAUCUAAAGAAUCAUUCUAUUUGGGGUUCUUCAUCAAAAAUUUAUCUCUUAGCAGGAUCGAUGGUACAAGUGUAUGAACAG